CCCCUCAAGCUAGGCUGAGCUGUGCCUACGUCGGCCUCGACUCCCGGGGGCUGGAGGAGUUACCUUUGGAGCCCGAAAGGAGGAAGGAAGCAAAAUAUCAACAACUGCCGAGGCGGCUCGGGCGCUCGGCCGCGCUUCCCCGCCUGCCCGUCGCCCGCCUGCCAGCCCCGCGCCCACGACGGGGGCCCAGGCCCCCCGGCGCCGCCCAGGGCCCGCGCGGACGCCGGCCUCAUUUAUUAUUCCCCGCGCCGAGAGCUGCGGCUUCCUGGUGUGGAAGAUCUCUCGGACUAGGGUCGCGGGCUGCCCACUCCCGGCCGUGACACCCCCCUUCUCCCAGCGGGGCUGGCUGUGCAGUGUCCUGCAGACCAUGAACUGAGCACUGGUACCAGACUGUUGAUGAGCACAGUUUAAGGCGUGCAGAAACUGCCACCCAGCAACCUCCCCGCCCCCAGCACUGAGGAUCCCCAAGAAGAUGGGGAGGAAAAAGAUCCAGAUCCAGCGAAUCACUGAUGAGCGGAACCGGCAGGUGACGUUCACCAAGAGGAAGUUCGGGCUGAUGAAGAAGGCGUACGAGCUGAGCGUGCUGUGCGACUGCGAGAUCGCCCUCAUCAUCUUCAACCACUCCAACAAGCUGUUCCAGUACGCCAGCACCGACAUGGACAAGGUGCUGCUCAAGUACACGGAGUACAACGAGCCGCACGAGAGCCGCACCAACGCCGACAUCAUUGAGACCCUGAGGAAGAAGGGCUUCAAUGGCUGCGACAGCCCCGAGCCCGACGGGGAGGACUCGCUGGAGCAGAGCCCCCUGCUGGAGGACAAGUACCGGCGCGCCAGUGAGGAGCUGGACGGGCUCUUCCGGCGCUAUGGGUCCACCGUCCCGGCCCCCAACUUCGCCAUGCCCGUCACGGUGCCCGUGUCCAACCAGAGCUCCCUGCAGUUCAGCAACCCCAGCGGCUCCCUGGUCACGCCCUCCCUGGUGACGUCGUCCCUCACAGACCCCCGGCUCCUCUCCCCACAGCAGCCAGCCCUGCAGAGGAACAGCGUGUCUCCCGGCCUGCCCCAGCGGCCGGCCAGUGCGGGGGCCAUGCUGGGGGGAGACCUCAACAGUGCGAACGGAGCCUGCCCCAGCCCUGUUGGGAAUGGCUACGUCAGCGCGCGGGCUUCCCCUGGCCUCCUCCCUGUGGCCAAUGGCAACAGCCUAAACAAGGUCAUCCCUGCCAAGUCUCCACCCCCGCCCCCCCACAGCGCCCAGCUGGGCACCCCAAGCCGCAAGCCUGAUCUGAGAGUCAUCACUUCCCAGGGAGGAAAGGGGUUAAUGCAUCAUUUGACUGAGGACCACUUAGACCUGAACAACGCCCAGCGCCUUGGGGUCUCCCAGUCUACCCACUCGCUCACCACCCCAGUGGUUUCCGUGGCGACGCCGAGUUUACUCAGCCAGGGCCUCCCCUUCUCCUCCAUGCCCACCGCCUACAACACAGAUUACCAGCUGACCAGCGCCGAGCUCUCCUCCUUACCAGCCUUCAGCUCUCCAGGGGGCUUGUCACUAGGCAGUGUCACCGCCUGGCAGCAGCCCCCACAGCCCCAGCAGCCGCCGCCGCAGCCCCCGCAGCCCCAGCCCCAGCCGCAGCCCCAGCAGCCGCCGCCACCACCGCAGCCGCAGCCGCAGCCGCAGCCACACCUGGUCCCUGUGUCUCUCAGCAACUUACUCCCGGGCAGCCCUCUGCCCCAUGUGGGCGCUGCCCUCACGGUCACCACCCACCCCCACGUCAGCAUCAAGUCGGAGCCAGUGUCCCCCAGCCGCGAGCGCAGCCCCGCGCCGCCCCCGCCAGCAGUGUUCCCCGCCAGCCGCCCUGAGCCUGGCGAGGGGCUCAGCAGCCCGGCGGGGGGCUCCUAUGAGACGGGGGACCGGGAUGAUGGCCGGGGGGACUUCGGGCCCACGCUGGGCCUGCUGCGCCCGGCGCCCGAGUCUGAGGCCGAGGGCUCCGGCGGGAAGAGGAUGCGGCUGGAUACCUGGACAUUAAAGUGACGGUCCCCAUCCCCCCUCUCUGCCUCCCUGACGAAGAGUUGACAAUCUCACCGCCCACCCGCCCUGCCCCGGGCUCCUCCCGCUCGCCCCCACUCCCUUUCUCGUGCUUCGUGUCCUGUUGACGGUUACGUUUGUGUAUAAUUAUUAUUAUUAUAUUAUUAUUAUUAUAUUUUUUUUAAUUUGGAUUCUCGCUUUGGAGAGGGCGAUGCUCCAUCCCCUCUUUCUGCACCCCCCCGCCGUUUUCACUGGCUGGGGGGGGCUCUUUUUUGCGGGAAGGGGGUACACUUUGCACGUUGUACACAUAUGCUGCAGGAGGGGGGGCCCGAUAGGCCUUUGGGAAAGGACCGGUGCCGAGCCCUGCAUGCGGAGCCCUCCCACCCCAUCCCCCAGAUUGAGGGAAAUAACCAAAAAUCUACCAAACAGCAAGACCCCCUCACACACCCCAGACCGGAAGCCCGGGGUCCCCUGGAUGGGCAGGUCCGCGUUUCAGGAUGGGUGCGCCGAGUUUCUGCUUCUGGAUUGUUCCUGGAGCCCUGGGCAUGCGGGCUGGAGGCUCCCGCCAGCCCCUGCACACCAGAGCCCCAGGGUGGGCGGCCACGAGGGCCACCUAGGGGAUGGAGGCCCUGAAGCACACUGAAAGAAGACAGCCAUGAGGAGGGCUGGGGAGGGCAGGGCCGGGCCAGGCCAGGCUGGGCGCUGGGCCCCCUACCUGGCGUGCUCCCCCAGACGCGCAGUGCAAUAGCCCCCCGCCCCUCCGCCUGGUGUGGGGGUCCGGGGAGGAGCCUUUCAUUGUGGGGCCAGUGUGGGCGGGCUGUCCCUUCCCUGCACGCACACGUCCCCAGGAGUGGGUUUGUGGUGGGAGGAACAUGGCCGGCCUGUCCCCCACCUCCCUCCCAGACCCUCUCCCGCCCUCCUCCUGGCUCCUUCCUCUCCUGACCCCACCUCCCUGCUCUUGGCGCCCUCAUUGUCUCGCUACCUCCUGUCCCACCACCCCAGGCCGGAUCCCACCUUCCCUCUUGGCUACUGUAAUUGUAAAUAGCAACCUUUGGAAACCCUUAGCAGUGUAACAGUCCAGGAAACUGUUGGUUUUUUUUGUUGUUGUUGUUGUAUUGAUAUGAAAUGAGAUUCUAUUUUUGUCAAAGUAUAUUGUAAUAAUAAUGACUCAAACGGCCCGUACUGUACAGACAAGAUUCUUCUGCUGUGGUUCUUGCUCCCCGCCCGCCCCUCCCAGAAUCUCCCCCUCUCCGCUGCCUCCCCAGGGGGCUAUGGCAGUGGGGGGAGGUCCUGAGACCUAAGGCUGGACCGCAGAUCAAACUGGAGGGGGCAGGCCCCCAGCCUACUCCCUGUAACCCACCCUCAGGAGCCCGGUAGGAGGCCUAGCAGGAGGGCAGGAGGAUGAAGGGCCGACGGGUGGCAUCUGUGUCCUCCUUCACAGGAGCCUGGCGCCCAGUUCGGGAGAGAGAGGCAGACAUGGCCCAGCUGUGCAGUGGGUGACUGUCGUGGCGCACUCUGAUGGUGUAGACAGGGCGCAGGGAAGGACUCGGCAGCAGAGGGGGCUGCGCCGGAGUCUCCUGAGGGCAGCCAGCGUCUGUCUGUGUGUGUGUGUGUGUGUGCACGGGCACCUCUGCGGGGCCGUGAGCGAGUUGGGUGCUGAGCUCAGAGGGACCAGCGCCAUCCUGGCUCCCUGACCGGCUGUCCGCCCAUCCCCUCACUGUCUCCUGCCAGCCGGGGGACCUGCUGCUGCAGUCAGGGCAUCUAGCCAUUGCCCUUCUCCCUUCUCCUUUCAGCCCUCCUUCCCCCUCACCCCCGGGGGCGCCUCACACGGCUGCCCAACCCACACCUCAGCUCCCUCAGGUCCCCCUCUUUACCCACCCCAGUCCCAGGGGAAAGGCCAGUUCCUCUUCCUAGCUACAGCCUUGGGCCCGCUGGGCCGUGGGCCUCCCAGCCUGCCCUGCACCCCUACACCCCUCCCCAGUGAGCACACAGCUUGCCCAGCCUGGGGGCAUUUGGUCAGGGCCCAGAGAAAGCAGGGUAUGGCCCUUGCAUGUGCGCAUGCACCCCGGAACCUGGCACAUAGUUGGCACUCAGCUGCUGAGCGGGUGUCUGGCUGGAUGCAGGUGCUCAAACAAUGCAGAACGACCGGCCGCCCCUUCUCAGGCUGCUCCCGCCUGCCGGCCGGGCCCCCCACCUUCAGCACGGGCCCCGCCGCUCUCGGUGCAAUAUUCUCCAGGUCUCCCGCAGAUCGCAGCGGCAAACCUGGCUUUCGAUUCCCAUGUGUGCAUGUGUGUGUAUGUGUGUGUGUGUGUGCGUGUGUGUGACUUCUUCUCUUUCCCUGGGGACAGGGGGCGGUCUGUGAAUGGAUCUGUGACAUUUCUACAGUUCAGUAUCCCAAGGUUCCUCUUAGGGGUCGGGGCCCCUGGGAACCCAGCCCUCAAGUGUGGACUUCAUUUCUUUCUCUCACAAGCCAAAUUUGCCUCCACCCACUCCUUCCUCUGAAGAACUGGGCGCUUGCCAAAGUCAUCACUGGAGUUACCCACUGCCCCUCCCCUCCCCAGGUUCCCACAGAUUAUGGGGACAGUGGGUCAGAGGACCCCCCUCCCGCCAGGGAACACCCACUUCCCUGACUGCUCCCCACCUCGGACAGGAAGGAAGCAAUGCACCUUCUCUUGCUGAUUAUUUAUUUGUUUGGAGAGACAGAAAUGAUGUAAAAGUGUAUCUAGAAAUAUCUAUAUAUAUUUUUAACUGACUCUGGAAUCCCCUGGGGUGGGGUGGGGUGGGGGGUGUGUCUCAGCGUUGAGGAGGGGUGGUGACAGGGAGCCUGAGCCUGGGAAUCAGUUCUCCCCUCUGCCACCCCCCCAGCCCCGGUCGGAGGAAUGGGGCGUUUGUAUGGAAGUGGGGGGCUGGAGUGUUACAUGGAGAAUCUGGAUUCUCUGUCUUCCCCAUGCACAUGGCGCGGGGGAGAGCAGUGGGGGACAGGCCAUGGAGGCGCCCCACCCCCGAGCCCGACAAUCACCCACACUCCGGGGCUCCUCCUGGGCCCUGGGCAGGCGACUCCCAGGUGUGUGGCUGUUGAUUCGUUUUCAAUAUUUUCUUUUCGUGCUGUACGGUGAUGCUUUCUUAGUAUUCUACACAAUAAGAACAGGCAAAGUCCUCGAGAUUCUUAUGAGUUUUGUUUGAGAACUCUUUCACUAUAUUUGUUGUAAAGAGGUUUACUAUUAAAAGAAAAAGACCACACGUUUGUGAUA